AUGGGAAAGCUCCAGUUGAAUCUAAUCCGAUCUCAUGCCACCGCCUACGGACAACCUUUGCAUCCAUCAAAGGCUAGAAUGCUCUUAGCGCUAAGGAUCAAUGUGUUGGCCAAGGGCUAUAGCGGAAUAUCGCUGGAAAACCUUAAGAAAAUGAUAGCGGCUUUCAAUGGUGGGUUAUCCCAGAAGUUAGUUGGGUGCAGUGGAGAUCUCGCACCAUUAGCUCAUCUCGCACUUGGUCUGUUGGGUGAAGGCAAAAUGUGGAGCCCUAGCACUGGACAAGCUGAUGUGAUCGCUGCUUUGUCUCUUGAUGUUCUUAAAGGGACUACCAGAGCCUAUGAUCCAGAUAUUCACAAAAUUCGUCCCCAUAAGGGUCAAAUUCGUUCGGCUCUACGGCUUCGUUCACUGCUACAUUCAGAUGCGAAUCCAUCUCAAAUAGCAGAAUCGCAUCGAAAUUGUGGUAAGGUUCAGGAUGCAUAUACUUUGCGAUGUGUGCCGCAGGUGCAUGGAAUUGUUCACGACACAAUCGAAUUUGUUCGUGAAAUUAUCACAACAGAAAUGAAUUCUGCUACCGAUAAUCCGCUAGUGUUUGCGGAUCGAGAAGAAAUCAUUUCUGGAGGAAAUUUCCAUGGAGAAUAUCCAGCAAAGGAAGGGAGGAAUCAUGUCUCCGAAAAUAAAGUCCUCUGCCAUCCGUCAUCUGUUGAUAGUAUUCCCACUAGCUGUAAUCAAGAAGAUCAUGUGAGUAUGGGUGGUUUUGCUGCUCGCAAAGCCCUUACGGUAGUCGAGCAUGUCGAAGCAGUGCUCGCCAUGGAACUUUUGGCCGCGUGCCAAGGAAUUGAAUUCUUGAAACCGCUUAUUUCAACGGCACCAUUGAACAAAGUGUAUCAGCUGGUUAGGACAGUAAGCGCGCCUCUGGUUGAGGAUCGCUUCCUACAACCGGAAAUCGAAGCUAUUUGGGAAUGUGUGCAGCCGCAUCUGAAAACACUACGAGAGAUGGAAGAACUUGAUCCGGAUGCAUUGCGAAUUGACGCAAAGACACCGACGGGAAUCGUGAUGUCGGAACGAUUGGAUUCGCCAGAUAAUUCGUGUGGAAUAAGCUCAGAUGAACAUGAACAACACUGA